ACUUGAAUGCAAUCGGAUCUCGGCACGAAUCUGUCGUAGCCCCGGGUUCCAGGCAAAGGUGCUUCCGGCCCCGUGCCGAUAGAGGCGUCCAUGGAAGAAGAGAAGGCCGCCGCGUAUUACGACGAGCUCACCCGGAAGGGUGAGGGCGCCGCUCGAUUCAAACAAGGCCUUGGCUACUCCUCCUCCUCCACGUCCGAUUCCUUUCCCUCGAAAUCCUCUACCUCCGCUUCUCUCUUCUCCAGCUUCGUCCGUGCCUCCAGCCCCGGAAAGGCCGCGGAGCUCGAGAAGCAAUCCGUCCUCGAGAACAUCCACAACAAGCUCACCAAGGACCGCCGCCGCCGCUCCCCUUCCCCUCCAUCUGACCGCGAUCGAGGCGGCCGCAGGAGCGGCGACAGAGACGACCGCCGUUCCGGUGUCUCCCGGCACCGCCGGUCCUCUAGCAGGGACAGACGAAGGGGGAGAGAUAGGAGCCAUAGCCCGAGGCACGGGCACAGAUCCCGUGAGAAGGAUGGGAGAAGGCAUAGGUCUCGAAGCCCUUCGAGAGAGGAAGAAGGAAGAAGAGGCGGACAUCGGGACAGGGAUCGGGAUUCGCACCGCCGGAGCAGCAGGCGUAGUAGGAGCCGGUCACCUUAUAGGUCCGCACGCAGUGGGGAUCGAGAUAGAGGAGGUCAUGAGAGGGAGAAGGGUAGCCUCCAGCGUCAGAUCUCAAAGACCAAGGGUGGAAGCACUGAUUAUUCGAAGCUUAUCGAGGGUUACUCUCAGAUGACACCUGCUGAGAGAGUUAAAGCAAAGAUGAAGCUUCAGCUUUCAGAAACUGCUGCAAAGGAUACAGCAAGGGGCAUGAACACUGGAUGGGAAAGGUUUGAUUUCAACAAGGAUGCCCCGCUUGAUGAUGAUGAUGAUGAAAUUGAAGUUGCAGAUGAUGAUGCUUCACUGGUCAAGGAUAUAGGAAAGAGUUUCCGAUUUUCUGCAGUUGAGGCAAAACGGGAGGAAGAAGUGAAGGCUGCCCAUGAUGAGGCCAUUUUUGGAGCAUCAGCAGCUUCACCAGUUCCUGAAAUAGGAUCUACUGAAGAUAAUGAUGCAGACGAUGGUAAUGAGACACACGUCAAUAAUGCUCUCAUAAGCGAUAAGGUGUUUGCCAUGCAACAAGGUUCUUGGCGAGAUCGAGCUCGUAAAUUUAAGAAUGAUACAGAAAAUUGAAACCCAUCUUGUCUCUUAGCCAAAACUCGAGGUGUAGCCUGCGUUCCAUGCUAGAUCCUGCAUUCCUGCCAAACACAACAGUGCAUCAUGGAGAUAGUGGGAGUUCUAGCAAAGAAUUCUCGGCGACCCCGGGAAAAAUGGACCUCGUGGUGGUGAAUCAGGUAGAACAAAAGUGAGCAUGCUAAAAGAAUGUUACAGUUGAUGCCAUUUGUCAAGCUCUGGGUUCAUCGACUGGGUAUGCAUAUGUGAGCAGAAACACCAGACAGAAACUCAUUAAACCUGAUUGUGAACAGGAAUUAAUGAAAUUGUCAUGUUUGCACAGAGUGCUUCAUUGUUA